UGGCGUUUUAUGAAGGUCAUCAAGCGUCACUUGUUUAAAAUUUCGAGGUCUCGUGUUAUAAUAAAUAGCUUGUAACAAGUUAUCGUGUGACCAUUGUUAUGAAUACUGUGUCAAAUACAUCGAUAAAUUCAUUUGCUAAACGUGGAUCGGAAGUCUCGAAUGCCUCAUUUAUUACAAUCGGUGAAUUUUCGAAGAUGAUAUGUCAAUCGGAGAAAGUAUCGUAUGUCUCUCCAUUAUGUUUUCAUGAAUAUUUGUUAAGAAAAACGAAUGGUCUUUAUUGUCGCAUUUGUCUUGAAUCCAGUAACAGUGCUGAAUUUAUAAGUCCUUGCAACUGUACAGGAACCAUUGGGAUACUGCACAAGCAUUGUCUGGAGAGGUGGUUAAAUAUUUCUCGAUCCAGGACAUGCGAAAUCUGUGGAUUCAAGUUUGAAGUUUCGAGAUGCUAUCCAACGUUUAGUGAAUGGAUAUGGUUCGGAGGGAAUGGAGAUGGAGUCCACCGUCGCAAGCAUUUGUGGACUGAUUUUAUUUGUCUGCUUUUGAUGCUACCUUUACUUACACUAUGCGCAUGGCUAACUGUCUCUUCCAGUCAAGAGGAAAUUGGAACAAAUCAAAGAAGUUUCCCUUGGCAAUCGUUUUCUCUUGGAUUAUUGUGCAGUCUGUUACUGGUAGUGUUCACAAUUUGGUUAACGUUUUCUGUUCGAUAUCAUCAUCAAUCAUGGAAAAUAUGGCGUGUAGAUAACAGUUACAUUGUUCUAUCUGGAAAUGUCAACAAAAAUAAAAUUAUGAGUAUAAAAUGUGACUUGGAAAGUCAUAGUGUAACUGUUCGCCCAAAUAUCCAAAAUGAAAAUCAACCCAAACAUCUUGUAACCUGCAGAUAUAGUGAAACGGAUACGGAACAUGAUCAAGUUUCAGAAGAUACCAAUAAAUUAUCAAAUGAUACAUUGAAGCAGAAUUCCUUUAAUAACAUUGAGAACUAUUGCUCACCGAUUUGCAGCGCUAGUUUAGAUAUCCAUGAUGAUUUGAGCUAUGUUUUGGAGAAUGAUACGAAUGAAUCGUGCAACAAAAAGAAUAACGUGACGCUUGAAGGUGAACAAGUAGAUGAUUGUUACAAUUCUGAACCAGUCACCAAUGAAACACAAGCAACACCAGUUUUCAAUUCCUUAUGCGUAACUGUAACAUUACCAACAACUUCAGAAAAUAAUUCAGUCAAUGAAACAAUGCGUUAAGCCAAUCACCAAAAAUGAACACAAUUUUUCAAUGGAGAAGAAGCAGAAUAGCCUGUAUUGAUUAUUAUCAUUUGGUAGAUAAAACAAAGGACUGUUUAUAGCCUACUGAUAGACAAUAAUUUCUUGUGCACUACUCUGAUUCCCUUCAUACAGUUUUUAUUAGUUCACUAACAGUCUUUCUUGUAUGGAUACCUAGCAAAAGAUACACUCUACUUUCCUAGUUAUAGAGAUUAACCGUUAUGCACUCACUGUAUUAUUCUCACACCUAUUACAUAUCGACUCUUAUGCUGAAGAUAAAAUCACACUGACAGAAGAGAUCUUAUUCACAAUACUGAAGAUGCUAAACAAAGAAUAAUAAUGAUAAUAUUAAAUACUCGUUAAAGUCACCAUCUAAGAUUUUAAAAAAUAACACAACACAACAACUAUGGAAUAUGGUCAGUUUUCAAGGUGAUUUUUUCUUUUAAGAAUUUUUGUCUUUUAUUUUUAAGUGGAACAAAGAAGUUUGAGAAAUGCAGACAAAUUUUUAUCUACUGAAGUUAUUUCAUUCUCCAUAAACCGAAACUGGCACAAGCUAACUUUUCCAGAAGCCAGAUUACAUAGUAUUGCAAAUUUCUACAGUUCAUUGGUAGAUAUUUGAAAUAAACAAUUCCUUUCAAGAGCAAUUAUUUAAAGUUUGAAUAG